AUGCCACGGUUCGUCCCAAGUGCCACCUCUCUCUUCCACGCCGUGACGCUAGGCAAGCGCGGGUGCAUUUGCCCGAAAGGUGCCAACCUCCCGCCGGGUAGCUACAGAGGUCCAUCGGUGCCUCCGGAGCCGACGCUACCUGCCCUCACGCCGACCAAGGCGGCCAAGGCGACGAAGCAACCACCGGUGCAUCGAAAAAAGCCACCGCCGUCCAGCGCUGCCUCAACAUCCACAUCUCCACGUCCACCGGCCACCGUCCCGCCAGUUGCUGCCGUCGUUCUAGUACCCGAGCCAGUGCUACCUGUGCUGGACCCGCGACGCAACGGCAGCAUCGUCGUGCGCUACAACCACUACAAGAAGGCAUUUCCGAUCGCAAACGGCAGCACGACCACCGGCGAGAUUGACGCGCAGUACUGUCUGCUUUCCGUGUUUCCCAAGGCCGCGCUGCACCUCAGUCGCUACGGCCCAUCGGACUUUAGCUAUGAAGAGAACGGCGAGAACGAGCGGCCAAUGCUACGCGAAGACCCGCCCGGCGUCUACCACGAUCUGCUCGAUGGCGACGUCGUCUGGGUCCACGUGGAAGAAGACGCGGCCGAGCGCGCGGCCUACGAAGAGCGCCAAGACGCAUAUGCCAAAGCGGCAGCGACCAAGCGGGCCGAGGCGCCGCCACCGAAUGGUAUUCUCAAGGAGAAAACCGAGUCGUGCUCGUGCGUGGAAGGCAACCCGUGCGUCGAUCGGUACUGCUGCAGAGACUGGGACCAUCGACUCGAGGUUGCCAAGCGACAUGGCUGGAAAGGCUUUCAGUAG